AUGUCCUUUCGAAAGCGAAACGUCGUGAUAGGGUCUUCAGGACCAGCAUCACCUGCUGCCCGACAAGAGAAGUCUCUUGCACCGGGAACAAGACCAUCUCCGCUAGAUGGACGCCUCACAACGUCGACCGGCACACAGUCUCUGGACCAACUCCUGGCUGGCCAUGCCGGAAUGCCAAUGGGAACAUCUCUGCUCAUCGAAGAGACCGGGACCACCGAUUUCGGAGGCGUGCUGUUGCGAUACUACGCCGCAGAAGGACUUGUACAGGGGCAUCACGUCCACCUGCUGGGCUUUGGUGACGCCUGGCGCAGGGAACUUCCAGGACUCGGAAGUCUAGAUGGUUCCAAGAGUAGUGGGAAAUCUACGUCGCCCUCGGAUGACAAGAUGAAGAUCGCCUGGCGUUAUGAGACACUUGGGCAGCGCAACGUGCCGGCCAGAGAUCCUCAAGUGACCCAAGGGCCUGGUCAGACUGCGAGUGUCUUCUGUCAUGGAUUCAACCUAACCAAGCGGCUUGAGAGCAGCGCCAUCGAAGGCCAACUUUUCGCGACACCAGUCGAUGGUCCUCUGGCCUCACCAACACAAACUCCUUUUCACAAGUUCAUUGCGGACGUAACCUCCAAAAUCAAGAACUCGCCUCCUUCGACCAUCCACAGGAUUGUGGUUCCCAGCCUGCUCUCACCCACGCUCUACAACUCCGCUGCCAGCCAGCCUCGUGAGAUUCUCAAAUUCCUGCACGCGCUGCGAGCUCUUCUCCGACAGUUCCCAACACAGGUCACGGCGAUCGUGACCAUUCCUGUCACACUCUUCCCGCGGUCAACUGGACUUACGCGGUGGAUGGAGCUCUUGUCUGACGGAGUCCUCGAGCUCAUUCCUCUGCAGCACCAAGCCCCAAUUACCCGGGAGCCAGGAAGCGAGGAUAAAGGCCAAGGUCUCUUGCGCGCCCACAGUCUCCCUGUGUUCCACGAGAAGGGCGGCGGCUUGGAGGGCACGUGGAACCGGGAGAACCUCUCGUUCAAACUCAGCGGCUCCAGUGGGCUGGUCAUCACGCCUUUCAGUCUUCCACCGAUUGGAGACGAGGAAGAGGCCCCAAAGCCGUCCAAGAAAAAUGAACCGAAGAAGGAGAGCCUCGACUUUUGA